UCAACUCGCGUCUUCCCUCUGGUGUUGGAAUCUUCACCGUUGAUCUGCUCCACCAUGCUCUAAAUAAGAUUCACGGCCAAGAUCGGUUUAUAAUUGAUAAACGCGUCCUUUUCCAUCUCAAACCCCUGCUUCUUAACGCUAUCCACAACCACGAAUCAUUACCUUACCUUCUGAAUUUAUCUGAAAUAGCCGCCAGGAUAUUUGAAAUCGAGAGGUGGGGUGAACUUCUUGACUAUCUUUUACACGCCCUUAACACGAACUUCGAAACAAGGCAAGAAAUGGCACUCAGGGUGUUAUCGACUUUGCCCGAGUCGAGGGAAGAGUGUCUCGGGGCAUACAUAUUUUGGUGGGCCAACCAUAAGUCGCUUAACGUUAGAUUCGGCGAGCUAUUUGAUUCCCCCAAUCUCAACAUCCAGGCUCUGACAUUCGAUGCCUCCGUUAAAUUGGUACGCCUGCUGCACCGAUGGAGGUUUUACAGCGAAAUCGAUGUCCUAUUACCAAAGAUGAUUUCCUUCCUGCGAGCAUUUCACUUGGACGGUCGAACCCAUAUCGUGGAACCAAGAAUAAUGGAUUUGGUGGAAUUGGCUAGAUAUCAUACGGACCGUUUUUUGAUGCAACUUGAUGUUGUCUUGGACUGCAUGUUCCGAAUUGCCGUGACUGCAGAUGGCAACAUUUUUCUCACGUUCCAAGCGAUUAAAAUAUUAAGAUGCUCGAUGAACAGGCUUUGAGGCGAGUUUCAGAGUUUCUUGUUGAACUUUCUGCGGAGGCUAGAUGCAGUAUUUUCCAGAAUUGCGUGCGCUUGCUGCUUUGUAUCGCAGAUGUUCCUGCUUGGUAUGAUGUAGAGAGUACAUCGAGUGGAUAUAUGGGGAUCUCAGAGAAGUAUCGCCUAGGAAAGUUCUUAUUGUUCCGGGUCUGCUGGCAUUCACCCGAAGACAUACCACUUUCCAUUGGAUUUGAGAUGGUACCACAGUAUUUGAUUUCUGAAAAUUGGCAGGUUCGUCACGCAGGACUGAUUGUCUUCGCUGCAACUGUAAGCGCAUGUGGCCGGCCCGAAAUGAUAUGUGACCAUGCUGAGAGGGUGCUAGAGAUCUCGCUGACUGAUGCCCACCCUCGCGUUCUUUGGGCUGCGAUUGAUGCAAUUAUAUGUCUAACUUCAGACUCCGAUCAAAAGCAUGUCCGAUAUCUAAAUAAGUUCGUCCCGAGACUAGUCGCCAUAAUUAGAUCAGCUUCAAUUUAUCCCCGUUUGCAGUUGCAUGCUGUUAUAGUAACUGGUCGCUUGAUUAAAUAUUGCGGCGAUGAAGAAGUGAAGUCGUUCUCGGAAGAUCUGGUGCCUGAAUUGCUAAAAUUUCUAAAGUUUUAUGCAAAUAACCACCUGCAGCGAGGAGGGAAGUUCCGGGAAGAAGCUACGGAAACUCUGAGACCAUUGGCAGUAUCAUUUUCGGUUGUUUUACGCAAGUACUAUCAGGAGACAGUAGAUUCCUUGAAACCGCUUAUAUCUCAAUUAUUGCUUGGGGCAAAAUCCAUAGAAUCCUUGAGUUAUAUUUUCUCAGCGUUUCUCUGGGACCACUCUGCUCUGUCUCUUUUAAAAAAUGCUGGAGAGGUUUUUCUAGUUGUGUUUCGAAUUGCAAAUAAUUGGACGGAUACCGACCGGAGAUUAAAAAUUCACAUCUUGAAGGCAUUGUCCCAGUUGUGCAGACUACCGCGGCUGGAAGCUGACAAAUUUCUUAAUGAGAUCAUGCCUUUGUUGAUUCCGACUCUUGAAGAUAUUGAUCCCUACAUGUUUGGCUUCAAAUAUUCCCUUCAGCUCUAAGCAGAUCCUUAAUUUUUUUUUUCUUUUUAUCAUUGUUGCCGUCAGCUUUAGGCAUAUGUAAAAGGUUGGCAGGCACCAGCAUUCCUAACAAUAUAUUGAUGUUUUGUAGAAGUUGACCAUUACUAAGAAAAUUCCGACUUGCCCUCAGCUGAAGCUUUUGGCCAUUGAUUUAAUUUCAAAGUUUGCUGUUCGA